UCUUGUUUACUCCACGAAACCAAAAUGCAUUUGAGUGCAUAUCUGUUGUGCCUAGCGCUUGGAACUGGCAUCUGGGCGCAGGCACAAGUUCCCGCCGAGGACGAUGAGCAGCCGCAGCACUUGACAAACGAUGCGUCUUUCUUUCAGCCGCAUCUGCACGACAAGCGGCUGGGCCGCCAGCUGGCCGAGGACUUGGAGUACAGUUCCUAUUCAGCUAGCAGCGGCAGUAGCAGCAGCAAUGCCAGUGAGAAUGACGACGAUGAUAUCGAGGGCUCGAGUGAAUACUAUGACAGCGAUGAGGAGCAAAGUGCGGCCAGCAACGGCGACAGCAGCAAUGAGUCUCUGCCACGUUUGCUUUCCCCGUCCACCUUUCACCGCAUCUCCGAGACGCUGGGCGCGCUCAAUCACGUUGGCCACAUACUCGUGGAUAUGACGCGCGGUAGCCAGGAGAGCAAAGCGGAGAACGGCAGUAGCAACAACAAUGAUGAAGACAGCAGCACCACCACCACUGCCACCACCACUAGCCUCAGCAUCAGCACCAGCACCAGUUCUACGGAACUGAGUGAUUCCACAACUGCAUUAUCCCUAGGCAAAGCUGAGUCCAUGCCUGGCAUCUCCGGUAAGAUUUUGGACACAUCAAGCACUACGCUCUCCGCCAACAGUUUGCUGCCAGCGGGCAAGCCAGCCAAUUUGAGCGCCAUACAAGUCGCCACGAAGCGCAUUGGACAGGCGGAGCAACCUCCAGCGAAGCCCAUGUUUGUGGAGAACAAGGAGGCGAAGCAGCAGCAGAAGAAGAAGCGCAAGAAGAACAAAAACAAGCAGAAGCUGAAGAAGCCCAACGAGGAGCCGAACCAGGCUACACCACAAUCACAACAGAAGAUCAAAAUACCCACAACGCCGCGCACCACCACCACUAUCUCGAGCGCGAGCUCAAGCAGCUACAGCAGCAGCACGCUACGUCCUCUAGAUCAACUGGCUUUGGCCAGUGAGGAUGCGGGCACUGCGAAGGAUGUGGAGAACUAUUGCAAGACGCCCAGCGGUAGGCCGGGCCGCUGCGAGGAUCUGAGCAGCUGUCCCGCUCUGCUCCUCAAUUUGAGCAGCCUGCGGGAGUCGCUCUGUUUCAAGAGCCUCUUUGUACCGGGCGUUUGUUGUCCCGUAUCUGCAACUGCCGCAGCGAGCUCCACAGUGCUGACGACGCAGCGUCCCCUGAAGCUGACUACCAGAGCGCCCGCAAGCACCACCACAUUGGCGCCCACCAAGCGCACCACUCUGCGCACCACACUGCGACCCACGGCACGACCCACCUCAGGUCUAGUUCUCAUUCCUCAAAAGAAACCACCGACAACCACGACCAGCACCACUACAGAGCCGCCUCUGGAGCCAGAGGAUCUGGACGAGAUAGCCAACAACAUCGUGGAUCCGGAUGAGUGCGGCCAGCAGGAGUACUCGACGGGUCGCAUUGUAGGUGGCGUGGAAGCGCCCAAUGGACAGUGGCCCUGGAUGGCCGCCAUCUUCUUGCACGGUCCCAAGCGCACGGAGUUCUGGUGCGGAGGCUCGCUCAUUGGCUCCAAAUAUAUUUUGACUGCGGCACAUUGUACCAGGGACUCCAGACAAAAGCCAUUUGCAGCACGUCAGUUUACCGUACGCUUAGGCGACAUCGAUCUGUCCACAGAUGCCGAGCCCUCCGAUCCGGUGACCUUUGCCGUUAAGGAAGUGCGCACACACGAACGUUUCUCUCGCAUUGGCUUCUACAAUGACAUAGCAAUACUUGUGCUGGACAAGCCCGUGCGUAAGUCCAAGUAUGUGAUACCCGUUUGUCUACCGCGAGGCGGUCGCAUGCCGCCCAAGGAACGUUUGCCUGGCCGCCGGGCUACCGUCGUGGGCUGGGGCACCACCUACUAUGGAGGCAAGGAGUCCACCAGCCAGCGGCAGGCAGAGCUGCCCAUCUGGCGGAACGAGGACUGCGAUCGCAGCUACUUCCAACCUAUCAAUGAGAACUUUUUAUGUGCUGGCUACUCCGACGGCGGAGUUGAUGCGUGUCAAGGCGACUCUGGCGGUCCACUGAUGAUGCGUUACGACUCGCACUGGGUGCAACUGGGCGUAGUCUCCUUUGGCAACAAGUGCGGCGAACCUGGCUAUCCAGGUGUCUACACACGGGUCACAGAGUAUCUGGACUGGAUACGCGAUCAUACGCGGGACUAGGCGGACGCCUUAGUUGUAACUCUAGCUAGGUUUAUGUACGCGCUAGUCUCUCUCCCUGUCGCUGUUUAUACUAUAUUUAUGAAUUUCCUCA